GUCUGGACGCGUUGUGACCCGUUCCCGCAUCCCAGCAUUCCCGCGGAAGACUUUGAGACUGUCGGAUGGAGAGCGCUUGUUAGACACGCUAGAGUACCUCAGUAACAGAUAUGUCCCCUUCAAUCUAGUGAAGAAUCAAACCCUCCAUCCGCAUUUAUCGAAGUGAACACAUCAAACCCCUGCCAGAUCAAAGAAGCCCAGUUAACUCCUAUCAAAGGGUCCACCUGUCCUCCUGAAGCGAGAACAUGGAGCGGCGGUUCGUCUCAUUGGCGCUGUGCGCUUGCAUGUGCGUGAUGUUCGCCCCGGGCAUCUCCACUCCCUCCGGGCCAGCAUCCGCCACCUGUGCCACCCUGGAGCAAAGCCGCUUCUUCGGUGUGUUCUCCUCUAAGACCGCCCUGUCGUCAACGCCAUGCUCCUGGACCCUGCAGAACCCCGAUCCUCGCCGCUACACCGUCUACAUGAAGAUCACCAAGCCUACCGAGUCCUGCACCCCACGACAGAUCCAGACCUUCCAGUUUGACUCGUUCCUGGAGACCUCUCGCACAUACCUGGGCAUGGAGAGCUUCGACGAGGUGGUCCGACUGUGUGACGCUUCCUCUGCGGUGGCCUACCUGGAGUCCAGCAAACAGUUCCUGCAGGUGCGGAAGGUAAUGCCACGUCUGGGUGCGGAACCCGUGGAGGAAGACGAAGGUAGCCAGUUCAAUGCCGAGUUUCUGGUCGUGGGUAAGAGGAACCCAAGCAUGCCAGCCUGCGAGAUGCUGUGUCAAUGGCUGGAAGACUGCCUGGCCACCAGCACCCAUGGAAACCCCUGCGGCAUCAUGAUGACCCCCUGCCAGUGCUGGGAGCCUCCCAAAAGGAGGACCGGUGGCUGCUACAGGGGCGGAGUCUACACCGAGAAGUGCUCGCCUACCGUUAGAGACAGCAACCGCGACGCCGAGAUCAUGAAAGGCUGGAAUGGGUGGGGCCGCUGGUCCGAGUGCAGUAAUGAGUGCGGUGGUGGAGUCCAGGUGCGCAGCCGCGUGUGCCAGCCUGAGGAUGGUGUCUGUGAGGGCGUCGUAGAGGAGGGACGGGCCUGCAACCCUCAGCCCUGCAUAGGUCAAGUACGACAGAGAAGUCAAGGUCUGCGUUCCAUCAUCGGCCAACGGCGUGAUGCUGAUGGCACCGUCAUGGUGAACCAGGCCCCUCAGAAAGAAGAGGUCCAGCAGGACACGUGGUCUUCAUGGAGCGUGUGUUCCAUGAGUUGUGGUGAAGGUUUGCAAUCACGCUCACGCUCCUGCAUGACGUCCACUUACAGCACCCAGUGCACCGGCCCUUUGAGAGAGAAUCGACCCUGCAACAACACCGCCGCCUGCCCAGUGAACGGAGCGUGGGACGAAUGGGCUCCCUGGAGUUUGUGCUCGUCCACAUGCGGCCGUGGAUACCGUGAUCGCGUCCGUACCUGCAAACAGCCUCAGCAUGGCGGAGAACCCUGCCGCGGACCUGUCAAACAGACCAAGUUCUGCAACAUCGCUGUCUGCCCAGUUGAUGGCUACUGGAAUGACUGGUCCGCAUGGACUCCUUGCUCUGCCUCUUGCUCAAAUGGAACGAUGCGGAGAACUCGUGAGUGUAACGGCCCCUCGUACGGAGGCUCAGAGUGCAGAGGAGAAUGGCAAGAAACCACCAACUGCUUCCUCAGAGACUGCCCAGUGGACGGGAGAUGGCUGUUGUGGAGCUCAUGGGGCAGUUGCAGCAAGUCCUGCGGUGGAGGCCAUCAGCUCAGACAGAGAGCGUGUGAAGGACCUUUCUUUGGUGGAGAGCCAUGCAACGGAGAUAAAUCAGAACUGCGAAACUGCAAUGAGAAGCGGUGCCCAGAACCUCAUGAGAUCUGCGGGGAGGAGAACUACGGCAGUGUAGUGUGGAAGAAAACGCCCGCAGGCGACACGGCUGCUGUGACCUGCCCUUCUGAUGCCACAGGCCUGAUCCUGCGCAGAUGCACUCUGGACGCCGUAGGUCUGGCCUUCUGGGAGAACCCCACUCACAUCAAAUGCGUCUCCAAAGAAUUCCAGGACAUCCAGACCCUGAUGCGUGAUCACGUGAUUCGGUCUCAGAGCGGUCAGCUGGUGGACGGUGUGUCUGAGGUGCUGUCUAAAGUGAGGAUGGUGUCGACUGACAAUAUGAAGUACAGCGGCGACCUGCUGGCUGUGAUGGAGGUCCUGAGGAACAGCACGGAGAUCUUCAGAGGCUCAAAGAUGAGCCUGAGCAAUGCAGAUGUGGAGAAUUACGCUCAUUCUCUUUUAUCAACACUUGAAUGCCUGAUCCUGCGCAGAUGCACUCUGGACGCCGUAGGUCUGGCCUUCUGGGAGAACCCCACUCACAUCAAAUGCAUCUCCAAGGAAUUCCAGGACAUCCAGACCCUGAUGCGUGAUCACGUGACGCGGUCUCAGAGCGGUCAGCUGGUGGACGGUGUGUCUGAGGUGCUGUCUAAAGUGAGGAUGGUGUCGACUGACAAUAUAAAGUACAGCGGCGACCUGCUGGCUGUGAUGGAGGUCCUGAGGAACAGCACGGAGAUCUUCAGAGGCUCAAAGAUGAGCCUGAGCAAUGCAGAUGUGGAGAUGGGCGCAAACAUCAAGGAAUUCUUCAGUCUGAUCGAGAGCUUCAUUGACAUGAUCGGACGUCAGAUGAGAGAUUUCCAGGACAUCUAUGAGGUCACCGACAAUCUCGAGCUCAGCGUCCAGAAGCGUCCGCGCACCAUGACCUCUGACGUGACCUUCCCCCUGAAGGGCUGGCGAGGGAUGAUAGACUGGGCGCGCAACUCAGAAGAGAAAGUCACAGUGUCCCGCAGCGCUCUGAGUCUAGACGUGCCAGAUGCUGAGCAGAGCACUGGGUUUGUCACGGGGAUCGUUCUCUACAGAAAUUUGGCUCCCAUCCUGUCCUUCCAGAGCGCGUCUCUGCUCGGCUCCUGGUCCGCGCGCGGCUGCAGAUCGGUGGCGCGCGACUCCAGCACCGCAUGCGUGUGUGACGGACUGUCCACCUUCGCCGUGAUCGCAAGACCGAACCCCGAUCCGAACAUGGAUAAGUCUCUGUUGCCGUCGGUUACGAUGAUUGUGGGAUGCGGGGUGUCGUCCCUCACCCUCCUCCUCCUCCUCAUCAUCUACGUCUCUGUGUGGAAGUACAUCCGUUCUGAGCGCUCAGUGAUCCUGAUCAACUUCUGUCUGUCAAUCAUCUGCUCCAACGCCCUCAUUCUGAUCAGUCAGACGCAAGCGCGCAACAAGGUUAUGUGUGCCUUGGUGGCGGCGCUCCUGCAUUUCUUCUUCCUGUCCUCGUUCUGUUGGGUCCUGACGGAGGCGUGGCAGUCCUAUAUGGCCGUCACGGGCCGCCUGCGUAACCGCAUCAUCCGCAAACGCUUCUUGUGUCUGGGAUGGGGUUUGCCCGCUUUAGUCGUCGCCAUUUCGGUCGGCUUCACCAAAGCCAAAGGUUACGGCACCGUCAACUACUGUUGGUUGUCUCUUGAAGGCGGACUCUUGUACUCGUUCGUGGGUCCGGCCGCUGCUGUCGUUCUGGUCAACAUGGUGAUUGGAAUUCUGGUUUUCAACAAGCUUGUGUCCAAGGACGGCAUCACGGAUGUUAAGCUGAAAGAGAGGGCUGGGUAAGAAAUACUGUACACACCCAAUUAAAAGCCAGUCACAUUGAAGAGUGUGGAGCAAGUUGUAUUAAAUGCACUGUCCUGCAGGGCGUCGCUGUGGAGCUCCUGUGUGGUUCUCCCUCUUCUCGCGCUGACGUGGAUGUCUGCCGUGUUGGCCAUCACGGACCGCCGCUCCGCAUUGUUCCAGAUCCUCUUCGCUGUCUUCGAUUCUCUGGAGGGAUUCAUCAUUGUCAUGGUGCACUGCAUCCUGCGCAGAGAGGUUCAAGAUGCGGUGAAAUGCCGUGUGGUGGACCGCAAAGAUGACGGGAAUGGCGAUUCCGGCAGCUCCCUGCAGAACGGCCACACGCAGCUCGUGUCUGACUUUGAGAAGGACGCCGACUCAAACCGACCAGGUGGAAUGAAGAGCUCCUCCGAGGAGAAGAUGCCCCCUCCACAGAUGCCCCUGCCCCUCGGCCCAAACUUCCACACCCUUCCAUCCAACCCCAGCAGAAAGAGCCACAUUCCCCCCGUCCCCGAGUACUCCAGCCACACGCUCACCCUGCGGAGAGAGAAAGGUUGUGGAGUCGACCCGUCCUGUGGCAAACCUGUGUACGUGUGUGACAGCGAGCUCUUCAAGCAGCUAAAUGUCGAUCUGGCCCUCGCUCAGGCCGAGAGCGUCUGUUCGGAUGGCAGCGGUUACGUGCUCCUGCCCAACACCACCUCCACCCUUCGUGCCAAACCCAAGGACGACUCCAGCGGCUCCAGCAAAUACAACAUCAGCACCGAGCUCCCGCAGGCCCGUCUCAUGCAUCUGAGCGGAACCUUCGCCGAACCGCAAGCUGCCUAUGCCGUCAAGACUCUCCCCGCCGACCGUGUCAGCGUAUCGUAUUCGGAGCGAGACUCGCCCAUUCAGAACAUCCACAACAUCUCCAGCGAGAGUCACGUGACCAGCAGUCUGGGAGACACCUUCGACUCCAUGAACUCCAUGAUGUCCAAGAGCGAAACCAUCUCCACCUUGUCCAUGAGUUCUUUGGAAGUCAGUGAGGGGAGGCAGAAAUCUCGUUACGCAGAACUGGAUUUUGAGAAAAUCAUGCACACACGGAAACGCCAUCAGAACAUGUUCCAGGACCUCAAUAGGAAGAUGCAUCACGCUGAGAAGGACAGGGAGUCACCGGCAUCCGACAGCAAGUCUGUCAGAUGGAGCGUUUCCUCCGCUGGAAGCGACAAGACAAACCACAGCGAUAAGCAGCAGGGAGCAAUGGAUCGGUCCUGGGAGAGCAUGAGCAGGUCACAGGCGUCUCCUCCUACCUGGGUCCGGAAGGACAUGGAGCCGUUGCAGGCGUCUCCUCUGGAUCUCCAGGGCGUGGAAUGGGAGAAGGCCGGAGCGACCAUCCCUCUGGUGGGCCAAGAUAUCAUCGACCUGCAGACAGAGGUGUGAGGGCACAGCGUUUAACCCUGAACACCUCGGUCUGCUUUUGAUUUGGGAA